AUGAUAAAAAAAUAUUUCCAUAUUUUAUUACAAUUAAAAUAAAGAAUAUAGAUUAGGUGAAUAUUUUAAAUAUUAAAUAAAAGUUCUAGUUUAGAAAUGUAUUUCAUUUAGUUUAUCAUAGGCAAAGAAUAAAUCAAAUAGAUCAUAUUGAAAAUGUACAAUAACAACCAGAACAUAUAAAUUAAAAUUAAUAGAAUCUAUUGACAAAUUAAAUAAUUGGAAAGUAAAAUGACGCAAGAAAUUACUAAUAAGAGAUAAGUACAUAAGUAGAGGAUGAAAGUGAUAUGAUGAAAAGUAGACAAUUUUCUGUCUUUUAAAAAUAGAACUUAUAAAAGCAAACUCAAAUAGUGUAAAUUUAUUUUCUGAAUUCUUAGGAGAUAUUAAUCACUAAUUGUUGAUUCAGAUGAAGAUUAAGAUGAUAAGAAAAAUAGUAAUAGUGAUAGUGAAAAAGAAGAGGAAGUUGUGAAAGUAUGGACUGCCUUAAAGAAAUCUAAGGAAAUUCCAAAUGAAAAUUAGAUUUAAUAAGAUAAUAAUGAAAAAGAAAAUUAGUAAUAUUUUAAUCCAUUAGUUUUUGAAGAAGUCUUGCAACAAAGUUAAAUAAAUCUUAAUCGAAAUAUCUUUUCAACAGAUAAAAUGGCCAAUAAAUCUACAUUUGGAGCUGUUUUAAUCACUUAGGUAGAUUCUGAAGAAGAUGAAUAAUCAAAAGAAGAAUUAGCUGAUUAAGUUAGUUAAGAAAUUGGAAUCAUAUCUAAUUAAGAUGCUGAAGUUACAGCUGAAAAUAGAAUUAUGAUGAGUGUUAUGUAAACUAAAUUUAGUUAAUCCAUUAAAAAUUAAAUGAAAUUAUAAUCCUCUCUAAAUAAUUCAUCAAAAAGUAAUUAGUAAGAUGAUAUAUUCAAAUCUAAGAUUGUUUUUAUUAAUUAAACUCCAGUAAUUGUUAGAGAAGAUGAUGCUUACAUUCGUAAAGUAAGAAAAAUUCAAAAUUAUUUCAGAUUUGUUUAGCCUUAUAAAAAACUUAAAAAAUAGCAUAGAUAUCGAGUAAAUGUAAUAAAUGAAUUGAUUGUAACAGAAAAAAAAUAUGUAAGCGAUCUUAAAAUAAUCAAAGAAAAUAUAUAAAAGCCUCUUUUAUAAUUAAUUGAUUCUUAAGAUCAUGUGAGGUUUAUGUUCAAUGUGGAUAGUAUUUUGUAUUUUAACUAGGAAUUUUUAAAAAUCCUAGAAAGCUAAGAAAAAGAAGUAAAAAUUAAACCUUAUGCAACAAUUAUGAUUGAAAUUUCUGUCCUGUUAGCAGGUUUUAAAUUUUAUUAUGAUUAUUGUAAAGAAUUUGAGGCUUCUAAAAAAAUGAGAGAUCAAUAUGAAAACACUAAUUAAAUCUAUUAAAAAUUUUUUAAUGAUCUUUAAAAAAAUAAAAAAAAUUAACUUAAUAGCUUAGAUAUUGAAAGUUAUUUGAUUAAGCCUGUUCAAAGAUUACCUAAAUAUGUUUUACUAUAUAAAGAUUUAUUAAAACAUACCAAUAAAGAUCAUCCAGAUUAUGAAAAUAUUUUUAAAUGUUUGAAAUUUUUUGAAGAAAUUAAUGAUAAAAAUAAUUAAGAAAUGAAAAUAUAUUUAGAAUAAUUAAAAAUAGUAGAACUUUAAAACUUAUUUGGGUAACAUGUAAAAAUAGCUGAACCUAAUAGAAAAUAUUGUUUUGAAGAAGUUUGCUCAAUUUAUACAGAUAAAAAAGAGAAUAAUAUAAUUUUAUAUGCAUUUAACAACUUUUUAUUAUUCGCCUAAAAAAAACAAAAUGGAUAAUAGACCUAUUGUUUUCAUCUUUAACUUACUUAUCAAUCAUAUGUAAAAGACAAAGAAAAUACAAAUUAUUUUGAGAACUUUUUUGAAGUUGUUAAUAAGACUGAAUCAAUAAUUAUAAUUAAUUAAGAUAAUGAAUCUAAAAAAUAAUUAAUUGGAAACAUUUAAGAAAUAAUUUAACAACUAAAACAAAAACAAAUUAAUAUGGAAUAUUUAAGAAAAACUACAAGUUUUAUGGAUAUUGGUGAUGCUUAAAAAGAAUAAAAAUAAUAAGAUUUUGAUUAUGAAAUAAAGGUAAUUGUUAUUGGAACUGAAAUUAGAAAUACUAAAUCAAAUCCUUAUACAGUUUAUAUUAUUUAAAUUUUUAUUUAGGAAUAUCAAACUAAAAUAUUUGUGAGAUACAGUUAAAUAGUCUCUCUUUAAACUAUUGUUAAUAAGUUUGAUUAAAGUUUAAAAGUGCCAGUUUUUUCAACAUUAAAUUGGCUUCAUUCAAAUGAUUCAAAAGUGAUAGAUGAAAGAAAAUUAUUAAUAGAAAAGUUUUUAUCAUCAGUUUUAAACUCUUCUAAAUGUUAAAAUACAGUUGAAUAUUAAAAAUAGAUAUUAGAACUAUUAAGUUUAAGUUAAGAUUUCUUUUCGAUUCCUAGAAAAAAGAAUACAGCUUCUUAAAUUAAAAUGGGAGAGGAAGAAAUCAAAAAAAUGAUAUUAUAAAGCUAAUUUUCAGUUGGAAUUAAACCAAAUUUACUUUAAUCAAUGAUGAUGAAUAGAUAGUCAUCAAAUAUAAUGUAAGCAGCCAAAGCAUAAGCUUAGAGAUCGAGUUUAUUAACUUUGGAAUAAGAUAGUUCUGUUGUUAUUGGAUAGAGUGCUUCUAAAUAACCAUAUUUUAUAGAAGUAAGCUUAAUGGAUGGUCGAACAAUUUAGGUUGGUUUUAAAAAAUAAACAUUGACAUUAUUCAUUAAAAAUGAAGUUGCUAAAUUUGUUGGGUUAAAAUAAUGGCUUGACUUUAGAUUAUUCAUUGUUGAUUAAAAUAGAGAUCAAAGAGUUAUAGAUGAUGACGAAACAAUGUCAUCAAUAUUAGAUGCUCAUUCAAAUCAAAAUAAAGGUUUGAUAAAUGCUUUUAAGAAGUUAUUUACUUAUGAAUAGAAAUUUUAGUUUAUUUUUAGAAAAUACUUUUAUUUAAAUUGGAAAUCAGAAGAAGCUGAUUAUAAAUAAGAUGAAUAAAGACUAAAAUAUAUUGUACAUGAUUUAAUUUGGGAAACAAGAAAUGAAAAAUUUUAAUUCAAUUUUAAUGAUUUAUGUUUAAUAACUGCUUUGUUUUAUUAUUCAACAAAUACAUAAUAAAAUUAACUUUCAACACUCUUGCCUAAAGUAAUACCUAAAAAUUUUUUAAAAAGUAUAAAAGAAGAAGUUUGGUUAAAAGAAAUUGUUAAUAAUAUUAACUCUUUACAACAACAGUUAAUAUAAAUUCAAAAAGAUAACUAGCAAUCUUAAAUGUCUAAAAAUAAAAAUCUUCAUACAUCUAUACCAGUAUUAGCUUAAUUAAUGUUUAUGAAUUUUUUUAAAACUAAAUAACAUUUUGGGAUGUCUUAGUUUUUUGUAGAAUGCAAUAAAUAAACAAUAUAACUUUUUGACAAAAAUUUUGCUAUAAAAAUCAAUAGCAAUGUUUUUAUUGGAUUAAAUUUUUCUGGAUUUCAUAUUCUAAAACCAGACAAUAAAAUGUUAAUUUUUACUAGUCCAUACGGAAAACUAUCUGAAAUGAAGGCUUGUACAACGGAAUUUUGCUGUACCAUUAAUAACGCCAAACUUACAUUUAAAACUUAAUUUCCAUUUGAAGUAUAUAUAAAUAUAAUUUCAUUAGAUAAAAUCAUUGAUUUUGGAGUAUUAGCAAUUACAAGAAUUUACAAAACAGUUAGCAUAUGGAAUAAACUGA